UGGAAAGCUAGUUCUAUUGCAUUAAGCAAAUUUAGUAUUGUUGGUAGUAGAAAAUAGGGUAUUUGUUUGAAUAUCCGUUGAAAAAAUUGUUUAUUGUAGAGAUAAAUUUUUGUCCCAUGAGCACAUUUAUGUAUUGGGGUUCCGGAGCUUGUUCCUCGUGGUUCCGACACUAAAACGGUUCCACAAUUCAGUUUCUAGUGGCCCCAACUUUUCUGGCUCCCGGAAAUGUUUCAAUCUAUGAAUAUAUUCACAUUAAUGGGAGGGAAAUACUGACUCUUUUGGCGUCACAUAUUCGGGACUCACUUCUACUUUUUUUUAAUUUUUAUAAAAAUAAUUUAUUGGCAUUAUGUUUGUUUGACAUUUUAUCCGCUUUAUUUUUUUACGGUUAGUCAUUCUUUCACAAUUUUUAUUUUUCCGAAUGUUUUUAAUAAAAAUUUUAAUUUAAUUUAGACUUACAUAUAUUAUUUUAAUGUCGACGGCACCUCCAACUAUACCACUUGGCUCAAUUCCUCAAAGUAUUCGUUCUGUUGCGCAUUAUGUUAAAAUAGCAAAUGAACAUGCGGAUCGUGAUAUUGUUGUCUACUAUUGGUGUCUCUUCAAGGCGGUCGAAGAUGCAAUGGCCACAGAUAGCUCUUCACCCGAGGCAAAAAAUUUCUUGACUGUUGCUAUGAAUAUUCUCGAGCAGGACAAUGAGGCUAUUUGGCUAGAUGUUGUCGCUCAAUCACACAUUGAAGACCAGGCUCAACGUUUAUUCACAUAUGCAAAUUCUCAGUCAGCAAGAAAAUAUUCCAAAUGGAGAGCCACCUAUAUUUUUGGUUGUUUAAAAAGAGAUGAUUCCAAUGAGUUGAAUGCUUUGAGUGCUGAAUUUAAUGCUUCAGCUAAUAUUAGCAGUGUGCCGCCUGCUCCUAAAUAUCCAACGGACUUUUCUUCUCAUUCUCCUCAACCCUACGCUGGUGGUGGAGUUACGCAACAACAUUAUUCACCAAAACCAGGUCUCCAACCAAUAGUUGGACCUUUUCACCAACAGCCCCGAGAUGACUUUAAUACAUAUAAUAAUUUGCCGGGAGGUCAGCAAGGUCAACAACCACCAACAAAGCCUUCUCCAGCACAACGUGGACAACAGCAACAAUUUCAAAAACCUUCUCCCCAACCAAUGCCACAACCUGGAAUUGGUCAAAAUAGUCCGACACCAAGUUAUCAACCUGCAGCGCCUGAUCUAAAACUUGAAGAUUACUUGGAGGCCAAAAAAUAUACAAAGUUUGCAUCAAGCGCUUUAGACUACGAAGAUCCUAAAACUGCUAUUGAUUUUCUAUUAAAAGCAGUUGCAGUACUGCAGAAAAAAGAUGGUGGAGGAAGUAGUGGAGGACUUCUUUGA